CAACAAUGCAGAAGUCGAUCUUCAGAAUCCUUAUAGUUUGAAAUCCUAUCAGACAUUUCUUCUGUAUCGUUUAUAAUGCUUUUGAGUAAUGUGAACUCUUGAUUCUGGUAUCCGAACUAUUUGUUAAUGUUUGCUGAGUAAGUGUAUGGAAAAUCGGCAGUUUAUUAUUCCACCGCAAUUAGAGAAUCUGCUUUUGGAAUUCACAAUUAACGUAAUCGUUGAAAAUCCUGAAGAUUUAAUCAGCCACGCUGCAGAUUACUUCACUCGCAUGAAGAACGAAAGGGACGAAGGACAUUCCGCAAGGGAUGCCAGUGGAAAUAAAGAUGACAUAAAGAAUAUUUUGGGCCCGCGUUCUGCUAGACGGCCAUCUGUAAUGGGAGAAAGAUAUAAUCCUGAAGAAGAUGACAUCUCUGAUAUUGAAGUUUAUCCUAAAUCUGAUGAACAGAUAAAUCGAAUCAAAGACUGCGUACAGGACGUUUUUCUCUUCCGAGCUUUGGACGAGAAAGACCUUUCAGCCGUUAUCGAUGCCAUGAUGCCACGAUCUGUAAAUAAAGGUGAAGUCAUAAUACGGCAAGGUGAUGAUGGAGAUUUCUUCUAUGUUGUGGACAAGGGAUGUUAUGAUGCUUACAUUAAGAAUGACAAAGGUGCUGACGUACGAAUCCAGACGUACGAAAAUUCUGGUAGUUUUGGGGAACUGGCUUUGCUACAUAAUCAGCCCAGGGCUGCAACAGUCAAAGCGACAACAGAUGGAUUCUUAUGGGCUGUGAGCAGACGUAGUUUUAAUAGACUGGUAGUUCGCCGUGCUUUCGAAAAAAGAAAACACUACAUGAAAUUGUUAGAUAUUGUUCCUCAACUGAAACCACUGACCGAAUAUGAAAAGAUGCAGCUAUGUGACUCCUUAUCCCCAAUUUCUUUCAAAAGUGGUGAAGUAGUGUUUAAUGAAGGAGACGAUGCGGAUGGUAUGUAUUUUAUUGAAGAAGGUGUAAUCAGCGUGAGCAAAGCGUCACCAAAGGGUAAAAGUCCUUCCGAAGUUGCUGAACUCAGUAAAGGCGAGUAUUUUGGAGAAAUGGCUUUGGUGAAGAAGAUACCCCGUUCAGCGACUAUCACUGUAGUAGAAGAUGCCAAACUGGCUUUCCUUGAUGUUGGUGCAUUUGAACGACUUUUAGGCCCAUGCAUAGAAAUCAUGAAAAGGCAUAUAGAUACUUAUAAAGAUUCUUAGACUAUCACUGGGAUAAAUAUGACUUACAAAAGGGGUACAUCUCUUCUCAUUAAUACUUUCAAAGACUGUGCUUUGUUUCUUGGAUUUUACAUACAUUUUAUUAUUCAAAAUUACCUUGUUUUAUAUGAUUAAUGUCUACUUUCUAACUUUAUUUUCGUGAAGAGAAUUAUAUUACAUUUAAAGACUACAAUAAAAGGUAAA